ACGCAUGUCGACCUCGCAAUACUGUGCAUGUGGCUUGGUGUGGUCCACACAGAUAGAAGCUUGCCAUUCAUUUUGACGGAUACAUGUUGAGGUGCAUAUACUCAUCUCUUUGUUUUCUCAAGGGUCGCAAUCCUCAGGGCAAAGUAGGGCUAUUUCCUCAGUCAUAUACGACUACGAGACCUUCCGCUGCGGCUCUCCCUGCAGAGUCGAUCAAUCCGCCUACAGUAUCUUUCCCGCAGUCUACCUCGACCCCUCCCCCAGCAAACAAUGGAGCUUUACCCUCAAUCUCACCGGAGAUGUCUCCGGCACUGUCCUCGGAUGAGCGAGAGCGUACCCUUAGCCAUGGGGAGCGGACUAUGCAAGCAACCUUGACCGAUGUUCAGCAAGCAAUUGAGCAGCUUGGGCACACCGGAGGAGAUGCAAGCAGCAUUAGCUUCGCCAGUUCGCAUGGGGACUACUCGGAACAUGAAGACGAAGAUGUUGCGGGCGGCGAAUCUGACAAUGACGCCUUUUCCCAUCGAGGCGUGCGACAACUCCUUGCUGCGCGUGCUCAACAAGAAAUCGAAGAACGACAGGCAAGGCAAGGGACCGGCUCGUCACCGACGACUCCACUACGUCUAUCCCAUCCGAAUGUCGAACCGCCACCGAUCGACUUCGAACUGAGCGAGGAAAGCGACGAGGGGGAAGUUGAUUCGCGACAGACUCAGAGGCGGAGAAGUACGGCUUCGCCUGAUAGGCGUUACUCGUCUCAGUACCCACACAUACCGGAGGAAGAUGAGGCGGUGGAAGAGGCGGAGACACCGGCUCCGACGUCUCAAUCUGCGACACAGAGUGUGCUCACACCAAAACGUGACGAGACAAUUAUGCCCUCGCUCCCUUCAGCCGCCCUCACACCGCCAUCCGCCAUCGCCGAAAGUGAUAACGGGCACAUCGAACCUUCGGAAGACUUCAUUGUCCCUUCGCCCAGUGCUGCCAAGCGGGUCCAUGAAGAACAAGAAGAGGAGCAGCCAGCAACUGCUACUGUUGAUCGGCUCACAUUCCCUAACACUCUAUUUACCGACUCUCCUGAUCUUGUGAGUCUUCCUGGCACUGAAUCUAACACCAACACAAUGCCGACGCCUAUUCCACCUUCCGCACCGGCGCCCAUUGUCGUUCCCGAGGUCCCGCCACCAGUCACAUACGAGGCUGUUGUACCAGCGGUCAUGCCCAAUUCGCUGAACCCGCUGACUCCCAUCUCCCCCGAGCGCGCCUCGUCCAUACCUCCUCCUGUAUCUCCCUCCGCGCUGGGGAGUGCUUCGUCCAUCCGGUCUGCAACGGCCCCUACCGUUAAACCGGCACCUAUCAAAGUUUACGAGCCUGUGCCCUUCGUUGCGAGGUCAGCGGCACCUUCGCCCGGCCGGGUUUCAAUACCAUCUCCGGGUGUCCCUUUGCCAUCACCAACGACCUCCUCUUCAUCUGCUGGAUAUGGUAGCACUAGUGGCAUUCAGCAGACCCUCACACCUGCCACGACUAUGUCAUUCAGGACCGCUGGUGGGGCGACACCUUAUCAGGAGGUUAGCCCGAACGGAAGCCAGUAUGCCUACAAACGGCCAACGACACAUCCCUCGGAGUGGACUGUGGAGGAGGUUAUCGAGUGGCUGAGGUCGAAGGGCUUUGACGAAGGUGUCGUGGAACGGUUUAUCGAGCAAGAGAUAGCCGGCGACGUCCUGCUGGAGCUCGACGCAAACGUCCUGAAGAGUGAAGUUGGCAUUCAAGCCUUCGGGAAGCGCAUCCGUAUCAUAAACGCCAUCGCAGAGCUACGGCGCCCACCGUCUUUCAACGACGACCACCCCAUGCCUGCGAUAGGGAACCAAGGGGGUUCGCACUCCUUCAACUACGGCCAUUCGCACUCGUCCUCGAUGGCGAGCUCCGCGCAACAAUCCUUUGCGAGCAGUCCGAUGUACGCACCUGUGGGCUUUGGCUCUCAGCACGGCGGGUUUAGCCCCGCAGGAUCACAGCGCGGGAUCCCACCGCCGAGCACGACAACGACCGGGUCGAACGGAUUUGGGCCCGAGAGCCCAAGGCAUAUGCCUAUCCCUGACGUCUCGCCCAGUUCGAGCAGGAACGGAUGGCGUGCGUCGGACCCCGGCGUGAUGCCGCCGAUGCCGCCCGCAAUCGCAAGCGAAGUGAACCUGAGUACGCCGCGAAUCAGCGAAGCGAAGCCGAUCGUGCCUACGGAGCCUGUGCCGCAGCCUGCGCCAGAAUUAGUUGGUCUGGGUCUAGGGUUCUUGGAACCACAGCCUGCGUCAAGACCAGAAUCACCUCCAAACUCUUCGAAGGCCGAAUCGCCGAAGGCUCGACCUGGGCACCUCGUACUAUCACAGAGUGACGCUAACCUCAAGGUGAAAGCAGUGGGUGGUGAUGAUACCGAGCCCGAGGACCGCGCUGCGGUUAGUGAUAACGAGUCUACCAAGGUGGACGGCAGGCAGAAGCGGAGACGUCUCUUUGGUCGUUCAGCAGAGUCCGGAUCUAUCAAAGAGAAGGCGUCCUCGUUGAUGGAUAGUGCGAGUCGGCAUUCUAAAGAGCUGAGCCCCACCGUUCCGGCGCAAUCGCCAAGUAUGACUGAGGCCUCUGACGAAGUCGCUCCUAUUCGACGACCAAGCAAGAAGAAAGGGUUAGAGGAGAGAAAACAUGGCGAUCGUCUCAGUUUGUUUGGUGGUAGCUUCUCAGGGACCCUUGGUAAAGGUCGCAAGCCGGUGCCGAAGCUGUCCAUAUCCGAAAAGGGCGAGAAGAGCGAGAAGAGCGAGAAGGCGGAGAAGGCGGAGAAGGCGGAGAAAGCGGAGAAGGUGGAGAAAGCGGAGAAAGCGGAGAAGGCGGAGAAGGCGGAGAAGGAGAAGAGCGAUCAUGAAUCAAUCAUGUCUUCAACGUUCCACCGGAUGAGGCACCCCAGCGGGCGCAAGCCUGUGCGGCCCUCGACCUCAGAUGGGAUCGCGGUGCGGGAGAGGCUGAUUUCCGAGCGCGACUCGGAACCCGAGGAGAAGACACGGGGAAGGCUGCGCUCGUCACCAUCGCUCAGGGGGAAGAGCAAAGAACGCGAUGUGUUACGCAAGCGUACGAACUCAACGGGCGACACUGCGGUACGCUCGCCCGCGGCGAUGGCACAGGCGAUGGGCGCGCCCCCGAUCAAACCAGGUCAAAGUGUCCUCGCGCAGAUUGGGACGCCGGACCACAACGGGUGGAUUAGGAAGAAGAGCGACCAGUUCUCAUCGUGGAGGAAUCGGUAUUGUGUGCUGAAGGGCCCUCACUUGUACAUCCUGAAGAGCAACGACAAGUCGGAAACAAAGAUCAAGGGAUAUAUCAAUGUUAUCGGGUAUAAGGCCAUAGCCGAUGAGAGUGUGGACCCGGGUCGUUAUGGCUUCAAGAUUGUCCACGACCGCGAAAGGAGCCAUUUUUUCAGUCACGAUGAACACUUCGCUAUCCGCGAGUGGAUGAAGGCUCUGAUGAAAGCUACGAUCAGCAGAGACUUCUCGAGUAAGCUGCUUUUCUACCG